AAUCUUUUGAAACGCUCAUACAACAACACGCGGAGAAAGGAAAAGAUUUCAUAUUGGCUAGAGUGACAACGGCCGAUUCAUUGGAUGAAUCGAAAACUUAUCAAUCUUACUAUUCGGCACAUCACAUCAAUAAGGUGUUGUUCAGGACGCAGCCAGAGCAAGGACUAUUACACCGAAUGAAGGCAAAGAACCCCUUGAACAAUAUGAAUAUCAUUGGUGACGUGCACUAUUACGUGGUCAAAGCCGAAUCCGUUAUACUGACGCAACAAUCGUUCGCCAAAUCUUCGGCACUGUCGAUUUCAUCACAUAAAACGCUGCAUCUCAACGGUGAUGGCAUUACGAUGGCCGAAAUAUCGGCAACUUCUGCGCUUGAGAAAUCCGACAGAGACUUCCUUAUUAAGGUAGGGGAGGAUAGUAACGAGUCUUUAAAUAGAGUAGGCGGGUCUCGCCCUUCAUCACCUUCCACAAGGCAGUUUGACCAACAAUCGCCCAACGGAAUCGCUCUUCGAAAAAUGGAAAAUGCCUUGGAAAGAGAACGAAGAUGGUCAUCGGGCGAUUUAUUACAACAGCCACAAAUGGUAUUUAUACCAGAAUAUUCUCAGAAAGUCAGGAGACAUCAAUCGAUGAUUUUUCCAAAUUCUUCAUCGAGUAUAUUGAAUUCGAGAAAGACGGAUACGAGAAUUUCACCUUCAAACAUAAUUAAUGCUGAAUCUAUACAGUCGCGGGAAGACAAAGAUUCCAUUAUUAUGAGAAAUGAGCCUGAUACUACCAAUACGACGACACUCGAAAAGCCAUGCAAGCCAAAUCAAGAGUUAAAACCAAUAUGUAAAGCAAUAUUUUAUGCGACAGAUGACGACUUUCUUAUGAAGUCGCAAGUACGACAGUACUUCAAAACAAAUGCAAUGGACCCUUUGGACUCUCAAUUAUUCUCCAUAAACACGGCAACACAGAUUUCGAAUGCCACCGGGGCAUUAGGUCUAAUAUCACAAAACUUCGAUGAUUCUCUUGCGAAUGAACAAAGGAUCAAAAUGGCUGGUAUUAAUGUAUAUGAUAUUUGGAAUUUUAUUGAUAAAGUUUGUGGUCAGUGCAACCUAUGUUUAUCUCAUGGCAUUCUUGUUGAUGUUAUGUCUGUUUCUGGUGUUUUGCGUUGGGAGCGGGGUGUGCUUUUUGGAAAGGUGAUGGAUUUGGAUCGUGAAAUA